UGAAACCUUUCGAUUUUGAGGGGCUUCCUCGCGUUCGCUUGAAUUAUGCGUUUUGAUUUUUCUUUGCCUGCUUUCUUAGGGGUUCUCUUUAAAAUCUUUCUUUCCCGACUGAGGAUUCAAUUGAAAUUUUGUUUUAAGAUGAGUUAGCUGUUUUCCAAUUGCAUGGUUAUUUAGGUUGAUCUAGCUUUAGUCAAUUGGAAGUUUGUGCUAGGGAUGUUCUCCUCUUAUUGACUUUCUUCUUAUGUGAUUUUUUCUUUGAUUUGUUAAUUUGGCAGUAGCCACUUCUUUGCGAUCUCGUUUGGCAUGCUGUUCCCCUAUGAUCAACGUGUUUUAUCUGAUAAUAGAGACCAGAUUUUCUGAUAACCAAUUUCCGUUUGUUCUCCUUGGUGAUGUUGGCGCUGGAAAAUCGAGUCUGGUUCUGCGGUUUGUGAAAGGCCAGUUUCUUGAAUUCCAGGAAUCAACGAUUGGUGCUGCCUUUUUCUCUCAAACAUUAGCUAUGAAUGACACGACCGUCAAAUUUGAGAUUUGGGAUACUGCUGGGCAAGAAAGGUAUCAUAGCUUGGCUCCCAUGUAUUACAGAGGAGCAGCUGCGGCCAUAAUUGUCUAUGACAUAACGAAUUCGGUUUCAUUUACUCGAGCAAAAAAGUGGGUUCAAGAACUUCAAGUUCAAGGUAAUCCAGGUAUGGUGGUAGCUCUUGCUGGAAAUAAAGCUGAUUUGUUAGAACAGCGGAGGGUUAACACUGAAGAAGGUCAAGCAUAUGCUCAAGAGAAUGGACUGUUCUUCAUAGAAACAUCUGCAAAAACAGCGACAAAUGUGAAUGAGAUAUUCUACGAAAUCGCAAAGAGAUUACCAAGUGUCCAGCCAUUGCCAAACCCAGGGAUGGUUCUUGUGGAUAGACCAGCACAUGGAGCCGCUAGUGCAACAUGCUGCUCCUAGCUAGUAUGCAGAGACUACCUCUACUGAUCAGCUUCCCAUCAUCGUUCAUAUCCAUAAUCGGAAGAAGGAAAGGCCUUAUGCCUGUACAUUUGUUUACAUAGACACUGUACAUAAGUACGCAAGUGUUCCCUUUGGGAAUAGAUUCUUGAUGUAUAAUGCGGUGUCCAAUGUGAGACUUCGUUCCUCUUAAGGAAAACUGUUAAAAUGUUCGUUGGUUGGUUUGAUUGAA